CUCCUCUGUUCUGUUUCGGCUGAGGGAGAGGCAGAGAACGAGAUAGAGAGCUCAAACGGCAAUUGAAGGUAAGAAUCGAGUUGGUGGGUGUUAAGGAUUCGGCUUGGAGAGGAGGAAGAUGGAGGGAGUCCGUUGGUUUUGAGUUGGAUUGAGGGUGAACGGUUCUUUGAAGGAUUAGGUUUUAUUUAAUUGAUUUUUGUGUGGCAUUUCGGGAGUUUUGUGCCUUCGACCAGAAACAAAAACAGAGAGAGAGAGGGGUGGAAGAGACAGAGAGCGACAGGAAGAGAGAGUGAGCGCCAGAGCUCAAGGUUGAGCUUGAGGAUGAGGGUUUUGUAAUUCGUUGAUUUCUUGCCCAAAUUGCAGAGUGGAUUGAUUUUCGAUUGUCUGCUGCCGUCUGUUUCAAUUCAGCUUGGCAGAAGAGAUUUUAGCAGAGCUUACGCAGUUUGAUAAUGGCGGAGUCGGACCCAACCCUGGGGUACCUGACCCGGAAGGACACGGAGGUGAAGCUCCCGCGUCCAACGAGGGUCAAGAACAAGACCCCUGCACCUAUCCAAAUCACCGCGGAGCAGAUCCUGCGUGAGGCCCGGGAGCGGCAGGAGGCCGAGAUCCGGCCCCCGAAGCAGAAGAUUACCGAUUCCACCGAGCUCGCAGACUACCGCCUGAGGAAGCGCAAGGAAUACGAGGAUCUCAUCCGCCGAGUCCGAUGGAACAUUGGCGUGUGGGUGAAAUACGCGCAGUGGGAAGAGUCGCAGAAGGACUUUAACAGGGCCCGUUCGGUGUGGGAACGUGCCUUGGAGGUUGAUUACCGGAACCACACUCUAUGGCUUAAGUAUGCGGAGAUGGAGAUGAAGAACAAGUUCAUCAACCAUGCGAGGAACGUAUGGGACCGUGCUGUCUCUCUCCUCCCUCGUAUAGACCAGCUCUGGUACAAGUAUAUCCACAUGGAGGAGAUGCUUGGGAACAUUGCCGGAGCGAGGCAGAUAUUCGAGCGAUGGAUGAGCUGGACCCCUGACCAGCAGGGGUGGCUCUCCUACAUUAAAUUUGAGCUCCGUUACAAUGAAAUUGAUCGGGCUAGGGGAAUUUAUGAGAGAUUUGUCCUUUGCCACCCGAGAGUUAGCGCAUGGAUCAAGUUUGCCAAGUUUGAGAUGAAGAACGGUGAGGUGGCCAGAGCGAGGGCCGUAUACGAGCAGGCAGUGCAGAAGCUUGCUGAUGAUGAGGAGGCCGAGAUCCUGUUUGUGGCCUUUGCUGAAUUUGAGGAGCGGUGCAAGGAGACUGAGCGGGCAAGGUGCAUUUACAAGUUCGCCCUUGACCACAUCCCUAAGGGGCGGGCUGAGGACCUGUACAGAAAAUUUGUUGCCUUUGAAAAGCAAUAUGGCGAUAGGGAGGGGAUCGAGGAUGCGAUUGUUGGGAAGAGGAGGUUCCAGUAUGAGGAUGAGGUUAGGAAAAACCCUUUGAACUACGACUCGUGGUUUGAUUAUAUCCGCUUGGAGGAGAGUGUGGGUAACAAGGCAAGGACGCGGGAGGUUUAUGAGCGAGCAAUCACUAAUGUGCCACCAGCUGAGGAGAAGCGUUACUGGCAGAGAUAUAUUUACUUAUGGAUUAACUAUGCGUUGUAUGAAGAGCUUGAUGCUCAGGAUAUGGUGCGUACACGCGACGUGUAUCGGGAGUGUCUUAAGCUUAUUCCCCAUGAGAAGUUCUCGUUUGCAAAGAUAUGGCUCUUGGCUGCUCAGUUUGAAAUACGGCAACUUAAUCUGGAGGGUGCACGGAAAAUCUUGGGGAAUGCAAUUGGAAGGGCUCCCAAAGACAAGAUUUUCAAAAAGUACAUCGAGAUUGAGCUCCAACUGGGGAACAUGGAUCGAUGCCGGAAGCUGUACGAGAAAUAUUUAGAGUGGUCCCCUGAGAAUUGCUACGCUUGGAGUAAGUAUGCAGAGUUAGAAAGAUCACUUUCUGAAACUGAACGAGCUCGAGCUAUCUUCGAGCUUGCCAUAUCACAGUCAGCUCUAGACAUGCCAGAAGUUCUGUGGAAGGCAUAUAUUGACUUUGAGAUAUCAGAGGGUGAAUUCCAGAGAACAAGAGAGCUCUACGAGAGGCUCUUAGAUCGCACAAAGCAUUUGAAGGUCUGGAUCAGUUACGCGAAGUUCGAGGCUUCUGCUAUGGAUGAUUCCACUUCUUCAGAGUUAGAACAACGGGACAUGAAGCCGCAGUGCAUAGAGCGGGCAAGAAGAGUAUUCGAUAGAGCUGUCAGUUACUUUAGAAAUUCAGCUCCCGAGCUGAAGGAGGAAAGGGCGAUGCUUCUAGAGGAAUGGCUGAACUUGGAGAACAGCUUCGGGGAGCUUGGGAACGUCAGUUUAGUCCAAUCUAAGCUUCCGAAGAAACUCAAGAAGAAGAGGCAGCUAAUGACUGAGGAUGGUCCAGCAGGGUACGAGGAGUAUUUUGAUUAUCUGUUCCCUGAGGAAACCCAAGCCCCGACCAUGAAAAUUUUGGAAGCAGCUUAUAAGUGGAAGAAGCAGAAGAUUGGUUCCGAUGAGGAUUAAUUUGUUGAUAGAUUUGAUUAUAUAUAAGUGUAAAAUUGUGGAUACCGAUUUGGAAUGUUUAGUUCUACAUCCUCCUUUAGUUCAGUUUAGGAACGCCACUAACUGGACAGGGUUGAAUGGAGUUGAGAUGAGUGAGGGUAAAUUUAUGAUCAGCCUAUUAUCGGUUUUCGGAAUUUCCGGAUUUGUCUUAAAGACCCCCAUUAGAAUCCACAUUUCAAGUCAUAUUUAGUCAAAA